UGACGUGGGUCGGUGUUGUGACGUACGCUGCUUCACACACGCUGCUGCCCCGUCACCUGAGAGACGCAGGAGGGACUCUGGACAAGGACUUGUGAGACAUAACGCACUAAUCAAACUCAUCAUGGCAUUGAGAGGUGUGUGUCGGCUCCUGUUGAAUCCUCAAAAAUGUGCUAUUGUGUCAGCUUCCAGAGCACAGGGAACUGCUGCACCUGCCAUUCAAGAGGCUCAUAAAACCAAGUCCAAAACACCCAAAGUCCAUUUUAACUGGCAAGAUCCUCUUGACCUGGAUAGUCAGCUGACUGAGGAGGAGGUUAUGAUCCGAGACUCUUUCCGCACAUAUUGCCAAGAGAAACUCAUGCCCCGCAUCUUACUGGCAAACAGAAAUGAAGUGUUUCACAGGGAAAUUGUGUCAGAAAUGGGAGAGAUGGGUGUCCUCGGUCCAACUAUUAAAGGUUAUGGAUGUGCUGGCACCAGUUAUGUGGGUUAUGGUCUGAUAGCCAGAGAAGUGGAGAGGGUAGACAGUGGCUAUCGGUCAGUCAUGAGUGUCCAGUCCUCCCUCGUCAUGUACCCCAUUUACGCCUAUGGCACAGAGGAGCAGAGGCAGAAGUACUUGCCCAAACUGGCUACUGGGGAGAUUUUAGGCUGUUUUGGUCUGACAGAGCCUAACCAUGGCAGUGAUCCCAGCAGCAUGGAAACUAGAGCAAAAUACAACCCAUCCAGCCGUACCUACUCUUUGACCGGCUCCAAGACCUGGAUCACCAACUCCCCUGUGGCGGACAUCGCAGUGGUCUGGGCCAAGUGUGAUGAUGGAAAGGUGAGAGGGUUCAUUCUGGAGAGAGGGAUGAAGGGUUUGUCCACUCCAAAAAUUGAAGGGAAGUUCUCCCUGAGAGCAUCAGCCACUGGGAUGAUCCUCAUGGACGAGGUGGAGGUGCCAGAGGAAAACCUCCUUCCAAAUGCAUCGGGUCUGGGGGGUCCAUUUGGCUGUUUGAACAAUGCUCGAUAUGGCAUUGCAUGGGGUGCCCUUGGAGCAGCAGAGUUUUGCUUCCAUGCAGCUCGCCAGUACACACUUGACAGAAUCCAGUUUGGCGUACCGUUGGCGAGGAAUCAACUAAUGCAGAAGAAGAUGGCCGACAUGCUCACAGAGAUCUCUAUUGGCCUACAGUCCUGUCUACAGCUAGGACGACUCAUUGAUGCUAAAAAGGCAUCUCCUGAAAUGAUCUCCAUGUUGAAGAGAAACAGCUGCGGUAAAGCGUUAGACAUUGCCAGACAGGCUCGAGACAUGCUGGGAGGAAACGGCAUCUCAGACGAAUAUCACAUCAUCCGCCAUGUUAUGAAUCUCGAGGCCGUCAACACCUACGAAGGCACCCACGAUAUCCACGCUCUAAUCCUUGGAAGAGCCAUCACUGGUUUGCAGGCCUUCACUGUGGAGAAGUAGAUCCAAGAGCAAGUACUUCCGUCAUCAGCUUCUGAAAUUACAUUACAUGUAGACUUUGAAAUAUAAAAUAUAAAAGAGAGCUAUUUUUUUUACUGUCUGUCAUUAGUGUGUAAAGUACUCGUACAGAGACGGCAUUGUGAGAACAGUUUUUGGUUUCCAGAUAUAUGGAAAAAACAAGACCUAAGAACCUUACAUUUCCUAUUGUUAAGCAUUCAUAAUUGGACUGGAUACUUAUUUAGUUAAAUACAAUAUUCAGUACAACCAAACUGUAAUGUCUUGCGUUUGAAACAUGAUCAGUAUGCAGGAAUUAGUCAUUUUAAAAAUGAAAGAGAGAUCAUAUUUCAGCCAAUGUUACAGUGAUGCUGUGGAUAAGUUUAAAGUUAACACAUUAAUUGCUGUGUCAAUUUGAAAUAAAUACUCAGUUGGACAAACACUA